AUGGUAUUUAGGCUUGUCAAGACAGCAAUAUCUAAUACACUACCUUUUAAGAAAACGAUGGUUGAAUACGGCGGGAAACUAGCUCUUGCACCGAUGGUGAGAAGCGGAGAGAUCCCCACCAGACUCAUGGCCUUGCGAUAUGGAGCAGAUCUUGUGUGGACCCCCGAGAUUGUUGAUAAGAAGCUCAUCAAGUGUGAGCGGGUGAUAAACGAUGAUUUAGGGACGGUUGACUUUUUGGACCCAAAUAAGAAGCUUGUUUUUCGAACAUUUCCCUCAAAGGAACGGGGAAAGCUCAUUUUCCAGAUUGGAUCUGCCGACGCCGAGUUGGCAGCACAGGCUGCUAAGAUAGUGGCACAGGAUGUGGAUGGGAUAGACUUGAACUGUGGGUGUCCCAAGCCGUUUUCCACGCAUUCGGGAAUGGGGGCUGCGUUGUUAACAAACCCCGAUUUGCUUGAACUGAUCUUACGAAAUUUAGUGUCAGAAGUGGGAAAAGUGUACGAUAUUCCAAUCAGUGCUAAGAUCAGGCUUCUAGAUGAUGCAGAUGUGACUCCUUCAUUGGCACUUAUUGAUAGAUUGUGCAAGACGGGAAUUUCGAACUUGACGUUACACUGUCGUACCCCAAGAAUGAGAAAUAGGGACACUCCAGUGAGGGACUUUUUACCUUCAAUUAUCGAUACUGUUCACGCCAAUAAUGUGAGUUUUAUUAUCAACGGAUCUAUCCGCAAUCGUCGUGAGUUCCACUUAUUACAGCAGAAGUACGGUGAUAAAGUUGGGGGAAUGAUUGCAGAAAGUGCGGAAUCUAAUCCAACUGUUUUUGCAGAAACUCCGUUGCCUUGGAACCAAGUAGUACCCGAAUUCAUCAAAAUAGCACAAGAUAUGGAUAAUUAUCCCGGGAACACAAAAUAUAUAAUGCUCAAUCAAGUUCCAGGAAAAUCCAAGUUCUAUCAAAAGUUCUGUCAGGUCAAGACUCAUAAAGAAUUACUUGAAAUCGCCGAAACCAUAGGCGACGAGGGAAAUAGGAUUAUGAUGAAGUAUUUGCAGAAAGAUGUAUUGAUCAACCCUUCAGAUUUCGAGGGUUACCAAUAUGAAAUGCAAAAUAAACGCAGACUAGAGCAUGAGGAUAAAAUUAAUGAUAACGACAAAAUCGGUAAGAAACAGAAAACAGUAGCUGUCGCUGUAUAA